AUGGAGCUACCUGCUCAAUUAGAUACUACCAACCGCCCCGAUGAGUGGAAGAUUGAACAAGGCAUGGCAGGCCACAAGCUGCCCAUCCUUGACCAAUCCGAAAGUGACACCGUUCACAUUUACCCUCCGGUGGACAUGAAAUUGACGAAGGAUGAGGAGGCAAUCGCAUCAGUGGGUAAUCGUGCCAAGCUGUUCGCCCGCGAACGUAAAGGCUGGAAAGGAUAUGUCGAGUGGGAGAACUACCCGCAGAAGAAAGAUAAAGCACACAAGAUCCUCACGUCGCAGACAUUCGAUCCAUGUCCUGAUUUCAACUUUGGUCCAAUUCCAGGAACCAACCCCGUGCUUCCGGGCGACGACUUCAAGGAGUGGCACGCUGCCCUCGGUGGCGAGCUUACGACCGCUUCAGACGAUUCUUGGAGGUGCGUUUUGAAGGAGAAGCAUCCCGAUAUGCUUCAUCUCCUCCAAUUCCCUUACAAUGGGGAACCACCAAAAAGGCUAGUCACCUCUAAGGCGAUCACACCCAACCCCCUCCACUUUGUUCGAAACCAUGGUGGUAUCCCACUCAUCGACAAAGAAAGUUGGGACCUUCAAUUGGACGGGCUGGUGCAUAAUCCAAAGACAUACAAAUUCAGUGAUCUCAUGGAUGAAACCAAAUUCCCACGUAUUGAGAAGACGGUCACCAUUCAGUGCUCAGGAACUCGUCGUAUUGAGCAAAUUUCCUUGUACGGUGGUCAAGGAGACGAGGUUCCCCAAGCGCCGUGGGCCGAGGGUGCCAUUGGGACAGCUCGUUACGUCGGUAUUAGCUUGAAAAAAGUGAUUAAGGAUUGCGGCGGUCUCAUCAAGCCGGCCAAGCAUCUCGAACUUUAUGGUGCUGAGACUUACGUCAAGGAUCUCGAGGUGGGCAACUAUGUUGUCAGCGUGCCAUGGUCCAAGGUGAAGGCCAAUGAGGUUAUCCUCGCCUGGGAGAUGAACGGUGAACCCUUGCCUAAGAUCCAUGGGUAUCCGAUGCGAGUGGUUGUGUUGGGAUACAUUGGUGCACGAAGCGUCAAAUGGUUGUACCGCAUCAAGGCCAUUGAAAAUCCUUCCCUCGCUCCCGUCCAGAGCAGGGAAUACCUCUACUUCAACCAACAGGUCGGCAAGUACAACCUAAGACCCACGGAUGGCAUUCAGAUUCAGGAAAUGCCAGUCAGCUCAGCUAUCAUGUCACCCUGGACCAAGCAAGCCAUCGUACACCGAGGAAAGAUCAGAUGCAAGGGCUGGGCGUACUCUGGUGGCGGUCGUUGGCCCGAAAGAGUUGAACUGUCAGCAGAUGGCGGUUUCAGCUGGUACGACGUGCCACCGGAGAAACUGUCCAAGAAGGGCAAAUGGACCUGGCGUACCUGGGAGUACGAUUUGCCCUGCGAUGUUGAGGGAUGGAUUGAGAUUGUGUGUCGAUGCUGGGAUAACUCCCUCAAUACGCAGCCACUGAAUGUGCGCGCGGCCUGGAACUGGGGUCUGCAUGUUACGUCUUCGGCACACCGCAUCAAGGUUUACAGCAUCAACAAGAGUCGGGAGCUUACCAGGAGACGCUUGGAUAAGUAUGAGCAACUCGGUGUUCCGUUGGCUCCUCUUACUCGCUACGAAAUUGUGCCAGGUCAGACAGAUGAGGAGUACGAGGAGUAUUGGAAGGCCCAUGAGCCACGGGAUGUUGAUGAAUGA